AUGCUCCGCUUCAUGAACAUCCUCUUUGUGAUCCUGUGGACUCAAGGUCUUGUCCGACUUGCCCAGGCGGCACCUACUUUACAAUACCCCUUGAUGGAACAGCAACCUCCCGUCGCUAGAGUAGACCAAUCUUUCGAUUUUGACAUUUUAUAUCAGACUUUCUCCAGUCCUUUUACAAUCACCUAUACGACCUCUGGCCUUCCAGCAUGGCUAGAAUGGAACGAACCUUCCUUGGCUUUCUUUGGAACGCCAAAAGCCUCAGAUGUAGGACAACAAACCGUGACGUUGACCGCGACCGAUUCGUCUGGAUCCACAUCGACAACUUUCCUCCUUAUCGUGACCGAAUUUUCCAUGCCUGGUGUCCAUCAGGCCUUCACAACUCAACUCGGUGAUCCUUCUUCGCGGGUCAUCUCGUCCGCCUCCGUCUUGCCUGGAAACACUGGUGUUUCUGUACCUCCUCAUUGGUCAUUCUCCCUUGGCUUUGCGAUGGACACAUUCCGUCUCAGCCAUGGUCAGCCAGUGAAUGGAAACUUGUUCGUCAGUGCCCGCGUUCGCGGCAUGAUCGGACUGCCUACCUGGCUCAAUUUCAACAACAACACCAUGACGUUCGAUGGAGUGACACCUGCCAGCGGGAGUUUCACCGUCGUCGUCACGGGGACAGAUUUCUGGGGCUACCUCGGUGCGCAGACCAGCUUUGUCAUUGAGGUGGGGAGUGGCCCACCCGUCGAAUUGGUGAAAGGGUACAAUUUUACAGACAUCGUCACGAUGGCGCGUAACGAUAUCCAGUACCAAGUGGACAUCAGCAAGGUGCUGGUCAAUGGUACUGCAGCCACUGCAAGCGAUAUCGUUGUAUCCUUAAAUGAGACCAACUAUCCCUGGUUGUCUCUCGAUUCAUCGUCACUUGCCCUUACGGGUACAGCCCCUGACUUUCUCCUCAAUGGCACGGUCACACCGUUAUCCAUCCCCAUCAACAUUGCGCCUGCUGGAGAAGACAAUUCGAUUUAUCUCACUACAUGGUUAUCGCUCGACGCGACUCCAUACUUCUUUACAGACUACGACGUGCCUGCGAUGAACGUCACCCCCAAGUCGGCGCUCUCGUUUGAUCUCAAGCCAUAUCUCAAUUCCCACAAUCCUCCCAACGUGGUCGUCAAUGCUAGUGUCACACCCAAAGACGCGGCCAACUGGCUUGUGUUCUACCAAGAUGACAUGACUCUGGCUGGGACUGUACCUGAGGGCACCAAGUACUCUGGUCUGAACGUGCUCUUCACCGCUUCGCAAGGCGGAUUCCAGGCUUCGACCAAUUUGGCCGUCACCUUCAACGGCGUUGUCGCUCAAGCUCCAUAUACAGCGAAUAACGGCACGUCCAUGGCCACUGGAGCCACUGGACAGGUCAACAACAGCACGACUGGAGCCGGAAAAAUCUCCGGCGGUAACGCCAACGGAACCACCUCUGGGACAUCCCAAGAUGGUGGCAAGACUGGAUCUGGCUCGAGCUCCGGCAACACUUCAGGAUCAGGCAGUGGCAAUUCAUCUCAACAGCACCCAAGCGGUGACACCGCGCCCGUGCCAAACGCCAGCAACGGCCAGACGGGUAUUGAGAGUGAUCUUGGAGGCCAUCGCUUGUCGACCGGUGCCAAGAUCGGCAUCGCCGUUGCAUUGGGGGUCCUCGGACUCAUCAUUCUCGCCGUGCUCCUCUUCCUCUGCUGUCGACGACGCAAGCGAAAAGACGAAGAAGAGAAACGUGACGACGACGCCGAAUCAUUCACCGUAGGCUCGCCGGAAGCGAAUCAAGCGACUCCUCGCAACUUUUUGGGCGACGUCGCCAAAUUCUCUGCAUUCAAUAUGAGGUCACCUGAGGCAGUGCCUAAACCGCCCAAGGCUGAUCAACCCACUCGGAUGGACGGUCUCAGGGGUAUCUUUGGCUGGGCUCCUGCCGACGAAAAAGAGGCAGCAGCGGGCGUCAUUGCCACGCCUAAUCUCAACCGAUCAGAUACUUCCUUCAUGGGGCAAGGGGAUGUGAUUGGCGUCGCUCAUCCCGUCGAUCGAUCACCAGGUAUGGCGAGCUCAUUCACCAUGUCUGAAGAAUCUUCGCUCGCAAGCUGGGAAAGUGGCGAUUCCUUCCAGUGGUCAGAGGAGGCAACACCCGCUGAUGCCCCACGACCACGAGAUAAUUUUACACCUCGAUACCCAAGGAACAACUCACCUUCUAAGCUUGCACAAUUGGCUUCUCAGCAUACAGUCGGAUCUCACGAUGCCAGCGAGCUGGGUGACGACUCUGCAUCUUUCGUCGCCAAGGGCGAGAACACACUAGGAACCUUCUCCUCGAGCGAUAUAUCCGGCAGCAACUUUGCAAGUCGGAACAACAUGCAGCAUGGAGACUCGGAAGAGGAAGAAGAAGGUCCUGCAGUCGUGACGAUGGCGGAGCGUCAAUCUUUCGCCACUCGAAACCCUACCGAGCGACACAUUCCCAAACUCCGUCCAAGCAAAGAGCAUAUCACCUCCACUGGCGAAGUUCCACCCGCCAAGCACAGUCGACGAGCCUUGACUGAAGUGGAGGAAGGCAUGUUUGACGAUGCGGAGGAAAAACGUCGGUCUAUGGCAGAGGCAGAGGCAGGCAUGACUGGUCUUGGAUAUCCUGCCUCUGCAAUCUACUAUAGUCGACCCAAUUCGGCUGUGGACGAUCGAUCAGAUACUGGUGGAGAGUCAAGCACUAUCCCGUUGCCUCACGUAGGCGCAGUCAACAGACAUCGCCAUCGACCGUCCGAGUCCGGUACGAUGGAAGACGGAAAAGUCUUGGCUUGCGCCAACGAAACUUUCAGCAUACAUCCUCAGAUCAACCCUCCACCAGCAGCGCAGAUGUCUGGUGCCACCUGGAGUUCAACACCACCAUCGACGUAUAGAGCAGAGAGGCAAGAAGGAGGACAAUUACCAGGCUGGCUACAUUUUGAUGCUAGAGAAUUGGAAUUGUGGGGUGUACCGAGUCUCAAGGAUGUUGGACAGUCAAUCGACAUCAAGAUUAUCGAAAAGCUUCCAAAGGACAAAAAGGUCGCCAACUCGUCCAUCUAUGGCUAUGCAACUUCACAAGAACGCCAAGUUGGCAAACUGACGAUUGAGUGA